AUGGCGCACGCGAUGUUUUCCCGCUCUCUGCGGCCCGCCAUCCGUCCCUCAUUAUGGCGUCCGCACCGAUAUGCCCACUCAAGCCAAUUCCAACCCUUCGUUCCACCGUCACCAAGCUCCCUGGGGAAACCCACGGAAGCAAAGACCUACAAAAGAACCAUCAAAUGGUUCCGCCGAAUAUUCUACAUCUCGCUAGCAACAGGCGUCGCCUACGGCAUCGACACCCAGUUCUACGCCUCAUCGCUGACCCGAACAGCUCGCACCUUUUCUCUCGGUCUCUUCGUCGCCCUUGACUACAAAAUCAACUUCCGUCCAGAACCACCACUGGCAAACUCUAUUGCUGCCGUGCACGCCCGCAACGCACAGCGCUUGUCUGAUCUGCUGAGGCAUAAUGGAGGUCUUUACCUGAAAAUGGGCCAGGCGAUCGCCAUGCAAUCUGCCAUCCUACCCCCCGAGUUCCAGCAGAUGUUCUCGCGCAUGUUUGACGAUGCGCCCCAGAAUGACUGGAAGGAUAUCGAGAAGGUCAUCCGUGAGGAUUUCGGGAAGUCGCCUGAGGAGGUAUUCGGUAUCUCGUUUACAGGUGCCCCUGAUAAAGGCGUGAUGGAACGUAAAGCCCGAGCUAGCGCCAGUGUUGCCCAGGUUCACUGGGCUCGUCUGCAGGAUGGUAGAGAGGUCGCGAUUAAGAUCCAAAAGCGGGAGAUCGCGCAGCAAUUGGAAUGGGAUCUCUGGGCUUUCAAAGUCGUGACCUACAUCUACAGCAAGAUGUUCGACAUCCCUUUCUACAGUCUCGUCCCCUACAUCAGUGAGAGACUAUCGCUUGAAACAGACUUCGUAAAUGAAGCAGAUAACUCGGAAAACAUGGCCAAUCUAGUGGCCGCUGAACCACGUCUGCGCGAUCGCGUGUACAUCCCCCGUAUAUACCGUGAACUGAGUUCGAAGCGCGUCAUGACUGCCGAAUGGAUCGAAGGCGUACGGCUCUGGGACAAAGACGCUAUCACGCGGUCCUGGCGCGGCGGCUCGGGCCAGGGAAGCCCAGGCUGUCACGGAACACCGCUUGACCAGCCGGCGGAUAGUUCUGCGAAAGAAAGCCUGCGCACGUCGAGAACCAAGCCGGUUCGCGAUUACUGGCGAGGCCAGAACAACCGCGGUGGACUGGGACUGUCACUCAAGGACGUAAUGACAACUAUGGUAGACCUGUUCUCUGCCCAGAUGUUCCUGUGGGGAUACGUCCACUGCGAUCCGCACCCGGGCAACAUCUUCAUCCGCCGCAAGCCGUCCGGAAAGCCAGAGCUGGUUCUGAUCGAUCACGGCCUAUAUAUCCACAUGGAGCCCGGAUUCCGACACCAAUACGCGCGGUUCUGGAAAGCCCUCCUCACCUUCGACAAUCACACAAUGGGCGAGAUUGUCAAGAGCUGGGGCGUGAACAACCCGGAUUUCUUCGCGUCAGCAACAUUGAUGCGACCCUACAGCGGCGGAGACAUGUCUACGCAGCGCGGUAUCCAGGGACUGAGCAAGUCGGAACGUGCGCAGCGACACUUCGAGAUGCAGCAGAGGAUGCGCCAGGCGACCCGGGAGAUGCUAGGUGAUGAAACCAAGUGGCCACAGGAGCUGAUCUUCAUCGGUCGCAACCUGCGCAUCGUGCAGGGAAAUAAUCAGUUCCUGGGCUCGCCGGUGAACCGUGUUAAGAUUACUGGUAUCUGGGCUUCGCGUGCGCUUGUCGAGGCGCCGGAUCUGCCGCUGGCCGAGAAGAUCCGUAAUCUCGGUCGCCAUUUCAUCUUCCGUGCGGUGCUAUUUACUUCUGAUAUCUUCUUUUAUUUCACCAAGGUGCGCCAGUUCUUGAAGCUGGGUGGUGGUAUGGAGGAUGAGAUUGAGGCUCAGAUGCAGACUAUGGCUAAGGAUAUGGGGGUUGAGCUUAACCAUAGCGUUUUUGAGGGAUAG